AUGGCCCCCAAUGCAGCCAACGCUGCCAAAGCAUUGCGCGCGGCUGCAGCGGGUGGCGAUGCCACAGCGCUGCGGCGGCAACUUUCGGAGGCCCAGUCUCUGGGCACUUGUGCCAAGAUCAUCAAUUCCCAGGACCCAGACUACGACCUGACGGCUUUGGCUUUGGCCGCCCAACACGGCGCGGCUGAGUGCGUGGAGGUUCUCCUGGCAGCACGCGCUGAUGUGAAUGCCGACUCUGAGGAUGCAGGUGGCCGCACAGCACUACAUUUCGCGGCCUACGAUGGUCAUGUCGAAGUAGUCCAACUUCUGGUUAGCGCCCGGGCAAACACGAACGCACGUUGCUCAACAGGAGAAACUGCGGAGCAGAUCGCCCAGCAGAGGGCCAAGGAGUGGAGAAUUGGCGGCGGAGAUGGCGAGGAGGAUAUCGCGGCGUUGCAGAAGGUUCUUGCCAUCCUUCACGCCUGA